CAUAAUGGCGGAUCAUUCGAGUUUGUAAAAACAAUUGUGUAUAACUGUGCACAUUCCAGGACGAUUUUAGCAUCAUCGCAUACAGAUUAAUGGCUUGGAUAACACGAAUGUUUUAUUCCUGGAGAUUUUAUCGAUCAUGGGUCUCCCCUACUAGAAAUGAAAUGCAGUUUUCUAUCCACGUGACUGAGAGCCAGUGAGAAGGGGUUUCCCUGAUUUACUUCCGACAUACACCUUUGCAAAUUUUAGUUUCGUCAGGUGAACGCGAAGCACUGACUGCAUUACGAAGGUAGCUACAGCACGCACCACAACAAUUGACUAACCAGGAAGAUUAUUCAGUUGUUUUGAUUUCUAAAGAGAUAUGGCUGAAACUUUAGCCCUUUUGAUUGGACCAAGUUAUCCAGAAGAUUUGCCAACCUACUGUGGCCCCCUGCAAGGUGUAGCAAAUGAUCUGCAGUUGAUGAAAGACAUGCUCUGUGAGAAUGGAUUCCAAUCAGAAAACAUUAAGGUCCUGGAAGGCCUUUUGGCAUCACGAGAGAGCAUCCUAGCUUCCUUAGAAGAAUUGUCUGCAAAGGCACAAAAAGGUUCAGUGGUGGUUGUUUAUUAUUCUGGCCAUGGCUGUAGCUUUGAUGCUGAAAAAGCUGGCUAUUUUGAUGAAGGCUUGAUUUCUGGGGACUUAACAAAAGAAAUGGUUGAUGACUACCACAUCCUUGAUACUUGUAUAACAGGUGAACAUUUCAAGCCUCACCUGUCCAAGUUGAUUAACAAGGGGGCACUUGUCAAUGUUAUCUUUGAUUGCUGUUUUUCUGGCCGUAUCUACAGAGGUUAUCCAGACACAAAACACAACAACACAGGCAUAAAACAGCUUGCAUUUUCUGAUGAAUACAUCAGUGAGUAUCGCAAGGCUCUAGAAGCCAGAGGGAAACCCACCAAGAAAACACAACCGGGUUCAGCAGCUGCGCGCGCCAAGCAUCAGAUGCGUCUUCCUCCAUUUGAAGAGAUGCAGCCAGCCUAUCCAGCAAGAGCACGUAAAGCUCAACACCAGGGCGUCAGUGAGUUUUGGACUCCAGUUUUGAAGUCAGAAGGAUGGUCACCACAGCAAAGUGACAACUUCGUUUUCAUGGGAGCCUGUGCAACAAAUGAAAGAGCCUAUGAGUUUAAGGAUCCUGAAACUGGUGAAGCCCAUGGAGUCUUUACUUCUGCACUGGUAGCAGCUAUCAAAGAGUCUCCACCAGAACAAAGACUCUCCUACAAUAUGCUUAAAAGCCUUGUAAGACGAAAGCUGGCAGAUAACAAUCAGCAAUGUCAGACUCCACAAUUUGAGGGGGGAAACAUGGAUUUGAUACUGUUCAGUUUUGACAAAGCACCUCCACCUCCCAAAUCAUACAAAGUGAAGGACAUUCACGUAAAGGAAGGGUUUACGUCCAGAAUCACACUUGAUGCUGGAUUUCUACAGGGUGUUGUUGAAGGAGUCUAUGACAUUUAUGAUACUAGACUGACAAUUGAAAAUAAAAUGGCAGAUUUCCAUGUGGCAACCGUUGAUGUCAGGCAUGAAAACAUCCAUGCAACAGAGUCAACUGCUGAAAUGGAAUUUGGCUAUAUGUAUGAAUGUAAAAUCAAAGCGGGACACAAAGCUUGCCUGACCCAACUGGGAAGUAUGUACUAUCCCGUUUGCAUCAUUGCUACAGAUGUUGAAGACCAGUAUAUUGGCGACGUGAAACUGGCAAUGGAAAGCCAGCAGAUGUUCAGCAUAAGAGAACAAGACACACCCGAAUGUGUCAAGUUGGACGUAUUAACAAUCGAAGGACAAAGAUGUUGGCGUGCCAUUUACUAUGGUAAGAUGAUUGUACCGGAUCAACGUACUAGGGAUGGUCACCUCAUGAUAAAAAAUCUUUGCAAGUAUUUUCGUGUCAAGUUUGGAAUUCGGCUCAGGGAACCCGAUAACAACAUGCUGAGGAAUGUUAGCCUCAAGAUGUUCAAAGUGGAGAACGUGCCUCCCUACAAGAGCGAUAUGGAUAGGAAGACGCUGUUGAAAGCUCAGGCUGUUAAAACCAAGGAGAUUUAUGAAGGGAAACCAGAGAAUUAUGUUCCAACUUUUCAAGCCCACAGAGUCGAGGUUGCACCCCACACGUUUAAUCGUUUAAAGUACCAGGUUGACGAUUCUUCAGGGGACGGGGUUGUUUUUCAGAUCACCAAUAAUGGGCACCUCCCAGUUCAUAUUUGUUUGGUUUCCUACCAGUCAGAUGGCUCCAUUUUGGUCUUAUAUCCAACAGCGAACAGGGGUAUCAGCGGUGUGCUUAAUCCUGGUGACUCAGUAUCAGAGAUCAGGCGCGUCUUUAUCCAGCCUGAGACAGUCCGUCUCAUGGGGGAGCCCAACGUUGAAUUAACAAGACCUGACGGUUGUAAUGACAUCGUUGUGUUGUAUGCUACAAAUGCCGAGGUUGAUUAUCAGCCUCUGUUCCAGACUCCUUUAGAGCUCAGUCCUUAUUUAAGCACUAGAGGGAUUGACACACCCGAUGGAUUACGACUUGACACCGUCGCCAGGUUUCGAGAAGCUUUGGAGUCCGAGCCAGUUAACCGGGACAUUUUGGAUGGCGACGUGAAGUGGAUUACUUUGAAGCGGGAGAUCAGGGUGCUAUACCAUCCACAACAAACCUUUGAGCCAAUCGUCUAUCCCAAGAAGGAAAAGGAAAAGGAUUAAAGCAGGAACUACUAAAUAAAUGUGGUUCUACGUUCCUUUUUUUUUUUAUCUCUUCUUUUUUGGUACUGUAGUUUUAAUUUUAAUCCCUUAACAAAGAUUUAUUAUUUAAGAUGACUGCAAUAUAACAGAUCUAAAUAUGAACAUUAAUGUUUUAAAACAUUUAAGAGGGAUACACGAUGUCCAAUCCCUGAACGUUCUGGUGUAACCUAAGAUCUUUGGGGGGGAAAAGAAACUUGUUGUGGUCGUCUUUUCUCUGAAGUUUUUUUCGAGAACCAUGUUGUCUUAAGAAUAAAAUCGCUUUGCUUAAAAGUAAAAAAAAAUCUGCAGAAUUGCCUGAGCUACUUUUGUCUUUAUUAAGAACAUUAGUAGACACAUACAAUAAGUUCAACUUAUCUGGAGCAGACAUAAUCAAGUAAAAUCUAGGGGUAACCCUCCCAUUACAACUGUCUCACCGCGGAUGCGGAAAGGGAUAGAGAGCUAUAGGUUGAUGAAAAAUCAGUCACCCAACUAAAAAUCAGUUUUUUUAAGGACAGACAAGUGUUUUUGUAAAAGUGCUGCUGCAGGAUGUAAACUCUAAUGCUUUUAAAAAAAAGAAAUAAAAUUUAAACGGUUUGCUU